UUUCACCGACAAGGACGGAGUGUCAAACGGGGUCGUCAACAGGAGAUCAAUCAGCCAAAGGACCUCUUCUUCUUCCACUACGUAUAUCCUCACUCCGGGAGGCCAGGAUGAAGUUCUCAGUUAGCAGGAGAAGACUCUUCAUUCAGCGAUUCACCUCGGUUUCCUCGGCGACAUGGCUACUCGCCCAUUGAUCACCCAAGUCGGCGUUCGGAAGCUCGACAAGCUCCUCGAAGAAUCCGUCAAAUCUCGUCGUGUUCCGGCAACUUUCUUCGGGUUGACCAACUCUAAAGAGACUUUCUAUUGGAACUGUCAUGGGUCGGUCGAUUUUGAGAACCCUGAUGGAGCUGCUGUGGACGAGAACACCGUGCUACAGCAGUUUUCGGCUACGAAACUGGUCACUACGGUCGCCGCUUUACAACUCGUCGACCGCGGUCUAGCUUCUCUGGACGAUCCCACCUUGAUCUCGCAACGUCUUCCUGAACUCGCAUCUCUUCGUAUUUUGAAAGGGUAUGAUGAGCAGGAUGAACCGAUAUGGCAGGAUCCUACUACCAAGAUCACGUUGAGGAUGUUGUUGAGCCAUACCUCCGGUCUAGGAAACGUGAACCGGAAUCAGAACCUGCUCAAAUGGGCUCAAUCCGAGAAUCUCAACACCCGGUACCUAGGCCCUCAUACUACCGAAAAAUCCUACCUCUACCCGCUUCUCUUCAACCCAGGUAGCGCUUGGGUAUACGGCGUCGGCUUGGACUGGGCGGGAAUCCUGAUCAGCCGAGUGACUGGCAAGUCACUAGAAGACCAUUUUAGGGAAGCCAUCUUCGAAAAGGCUGGGAUGACGGAUACGACCUUUUACCCGACCGAGGAAGUCAAACGCAGGUUGAUGAGGAUGACGACACAAGAGUCCAGAGAAGCUCCGAUUAAGGCCUGUUCGGACAACUUUUCCGGGUUGGGUUCUUUGAGCAGGACAAGCGAUCCGGACAAGGUUGGAGUCAUGAGCGGCGGAGCAGGGUUGUUCUCCACCGCCAAGAAUUUCCUGGCUUUCCUUCGAGGAAUCCUUGCCAGCCAGUCGGGUACGGAUCCCAAGGCCCUUUUAUCUCCGGGCUCUUUCGAAGAACUGUUCAAGGACGCUUUCCGUCCGGAGACGGACGAUGAACAUUUCUUAACCACCCUAAAGAGCCACGAGUUACACGAUCCCGCGUUAUUCAAUCGAGAGGGUGCUUCGGGGAAAGAUAGGAAGAUCGUGCAGUCUGUCGGGUUGGCCGUCAAUCUCGUCGACUCGGCCAACGGAAGGAAGGCGGGUAGCGGAUGUUGGGAUGGGGCUGCGAGGACGAUGUACUGGAUAGAUCCCAAGACGGGGUUAGCAGGAAUUUGCAUGACCAAUGUCCUCUGUCCAGAACCGAACGAAUUCUACCGGCUUUAUCAACGUUUUGAAAGGGCGGUCUAUGAUGGUCUUUCGGAAGGAGAAAGCGACGUGCCCAUGCCGGAUACGUCCGCCAUCAAACCGGAUCACCGGUUCCUCUUCAAACCGCUUGAGAAGACUCAGGAUGGUGGUUGUCAUGCUAGUGUAUGGUUGCCAAAAGUCGAUGGCGGGUUUGAUCGUGGAACGCCGGUCGCCAUGUAAGCUAUAUUGACAGAGUUCACUAGAGACUGGCUAGCUUACGAUGGGGUCGCUAUAAAUACCAG